AUGUUGAAGAUUAUUCUUCUUCUUCUAGUUUCUGUUCAAAAUCUUAACGCUCUUCUUUGUUAUUCAAAAGGUUCAUUUUAUUUUUCUCGACAUACAUUUAACUGGAAUGAUUUUUCAUCGAUCUUAUUUAAUAUUAAGAAUGAAGUUAUUGCAAAUAAUUCGAUUUGUAAUGUUCGCAUAACAAUCGAUUAUAAUGGUGAUAGAAAUAAUUAUGUUGUUAUAAAAUUUGGCUCGCCGACACAUCAGCAUAAUACAAACAUUGAAUUUGGUUCAACAAUAUUUUUUCAUAAAAAUGAUAUUCUAUCAAUUGUAAGCUAUUUUGAUUAUAGUUGUUCAUCAGGGGAUUUCUGUGAUAGAAUAUUUCUUAAUAACUGGGCAAAACGCUUACUCAACUCUAAUGAUAAUUCAUUACAUACUAGUUUUACUUCAUUAUGGAAAACAUCGCAUAGUUCAACAAGUAUUUGUAAUGCAAAACAAGCAACGAACGAAUGUACUAGUCAUUUAUGUUUUAAUGUCUAUGAUGAAUUGAAAAAUUUUACGUACGGAAAAGCACAAUGCAAAGAUAAAUCAUCGACAAAUCCAGUUUACAUACAUAUCAAAACGUUUGGAGAAAAUUCAAAUGAUUAUCAAUGCAUAAAAAAUCAUUGUACUGGUGAAGUCUCAUAUAAUUCUACAUUAGACAAAAUGUAUGCGUGGCAAUCAAUUAAUAAUGUAAUAAUGAUGAAUUCAACUGAAUUAAAUGAAAUAAUUUUUAUACGAGCUAUUAGUAUCGUCGGAGUUCUGUUGUUUAUUGGUGGCGUUGCCUAUUGUAUUCAAAUUCGAAAAUAUAGAAAAGGUUAUAGAUUAGCAACGAUUGCUUAA